CAGUAUUUUGUCUCUAUGGGAUUUGGAUUUCAAAGAAUCAACCUUUUUUCUGGGCAACUCAAUUCAUCAGCUUUACUUGGUUCAAUCACCAUGAACAUGUUCAUUGAGUUUCCAUUUUCUUUCCUUUAAAAAAAAAUUCCCCUUCACUUUCUCUGCAACCAAACAUAGCUUUGAUUUUCUCUCCUCUUUUUGAUUCUCUUUUAAUGUACUUUUUUAAUUAAAUGCUCAACGGGAUAUCUCCAACUUUCCUUUUUUGUAAUGUAAUGUUAAAAUUGAACUAACACACUACUGAAAUCAAUGGUCCGUGUAUCUUUAUCACUCUCUUUAGUUUUUUCUUAGCACCUGAUAAGCAGUUAUUGUAUUAAUGAUUUUUAUUUUGAACUUCUUUACCAAUUAUAUGUAGGAAUUUACAUUGCUCAUACUGAUGGAGUCUUGGAGCUAUGGUUCUGAAGGAAAAAACUUUAUUUUCACUGAUGAAAUGGAUUUGGAUGCUUUUGCCAGAAGCAGAAAAACAAUGCUAAGUUGGGACCUCAAACCUUCUUCUACUGAUAUUGAAGUUUUGGAGAGCAUGGAUUUCAUGGAUUUUGGUAUUGCUGAUAUGAACAAGAAACCCUUUUAUGGUAACACCAGUACGGGGAUUUUUGGAGCUGAGUUUGGUAAUGAUUCCACUACUAAAAGUGUAGUUUCCCCUUCUUGUAUGGUUUCUUCUAGCUUAUAUUUUGGUGAAGAGGAAUCUGGUUCCAAGCAUUGUAGUUCUUUGAUGGACUCCAACAGUCAAGAAUCUUCACUCAUUGAUUUGAAGCUAGGGAGAUUGACUGAUCAUAAAGAUGCACAUGAAGGAAAAUUCGCAAAGGAAACUUCCAUCGUUUCGAAGAAAGCUCGAACGACGAGGUCGCUUUCCCAUACUCCUUGUUGUCAAGUUUAUGGUUGCAACAAGGAUCUUAGCUCUUCAAAAGAUUACCACAAGAGGCAUAAAGUUUGCGAAGCUCACUCUAAGACUGUCAAAGUUAUUGUUAAUGGAAUUGAACAGAGAUUUUGUCAACAGUGUAGCAGGUUUCAUUUACUGGCUGAAUUUGAUGAUGGUAAGCGGAGUUGUCGUAAACGCCUAGCAGGGCAUAAUGAGCGGAGAAGGAAGCUUCAUUUCAAUACCUUCUCUGGAAAAUCACAUAAGUUGCUGCAUUCAUACCAAGGUAGCAAGUUUCUGGGGACGUCCGUAUUGAAACAAGCACCUUUCGUUAACCCAAACACAUUUCAAGUAGACUUUCUUCAUCCCGAAAGACAUGUCUACACUAAUCAAUGUCUGCAGGUUAAAUCUGAAGAGAAUCCAAUGCAUAGUUCUCAGUCGGCAUUAGCAAUCACAAACGGGCAGUUGCUAUCAUCAUCUUUCUUUCAUAUGCAUGGCAUUGGGAGACAACAUGUUUCUGGAACAUUUUCAUUAGCAACCGAAGCCUUCGAUGCUCCUAGUGCAGCAUCAAUGGCUAAAGAGUUCUCUGGGGUUUCACGCUCAGAUUGUGCUCUCUCUCUUCUGUCAGCUCAAUCCCAGGAUUUGUCGAGCCAUGCGACAGGAAUGCAAAAGAAUAUGACCGAUCAAGUUGGCCAUGUCCAUAGUUGCUCCGAGAAAUCUUCUGCGAAUAUCUUUUACACGUGUGAAACGAACCCCAUGGUAAUAAGCCAUGCAGGCUCCAUCUCUCGUGCUGGUCAAACUGCUAAUUUCGAUGUUCAAGUUCAAAACUCGGAUCUUUUGCACAAUAGUUAUUGCCUUUCUCCCGAAAACGGAACCACUGUCGAUUUGCUUCAACUUUCAACACAUCUCCAAAGAGUGGAGCAACAACGGAACUCCAUGCAAGUAAAGCAGGAAAACGACGAACUGUUUUAUUUCCUCACCACAUAAUU